UACUAGGAAACCACCGGCGCUGGGCGCGCGCUUGGAAGGCUGCAGGCGCCAUGGGCAGAGUGAGGAACGGCGCCAGCACCCAGCCGCGGGGACGAAAGCGCCCCGGGGAUCCCGCCACCGCUUGUGCAGCCAUCGCGGUCAUGGGCGCCCGGCGCCCCCCUUUCCAAGUCCGCGUGGGGAGCCACGCGGCGGGAAGGAAGUCAGCGGCGGCCAGGCGGGAUCCCGCAAGGUUGCGGCGGAAGCGCUGGUGGCGGCGGGCCCGGGAGGCAGGCUCCAAAGGCCCGCUGCGAAGCCGAUCCCCGAAGCCGCCGGCGCCCGCCGUGUCCUCCGGCGAGAUGGACCUGGGCGCGCAGCGGGAGCGCUGGGAGACGUUCAGGAAGCGGCGGGGCCUCAGCUGCGAGGGCGCCGCCAAGUUCCUGCUGGACACCUUCGAGUACCCAGGCCUGGUGUAUCACACCGGAGGCUGCCACUGCGGCGCGGUCCGCUUCGCCGUCUGGGCCCCCGCAGACCUGCGCGUGGUGGAUUGCAGCUGCAGGCUGUGCAGGAAGAAGCAGCACCGACACUUCCUCGUCCCGGCCUCGCGCUUCACUCUCCUGCUGGGCGCCGAGAGCAUCGUCACCUAUCGAUCCCACGCGCACCCGGCGCUGCACAGCUUCUGCAGCAGGUGCGGGGUGCAGAGUUUCCACGCCUCUGUCUCUGACCCCGGCGUGUAUGGCGUCGCCCCGCACUGCCUGGACGCCGGCACCGUGCGCAGUGUGGUCAUCGAGGAGGUCGACGGUGGCGACUGGGGGGAGGAGGCCGCGAAGGAGCCCAAGGCCAUCCAGAGCGCGUCCCCCGAGUGAGCCCCUGCCUCUCCUUCCGAAGAGGAGCAGUGACUAGGGCCGCAACACGCCGGAAAUAUGCCCGCCGCCCCCCCCCCCACCCCCGAGGGAGCCCCCUCAGUGCUUGUGAAGGGAUUGCUGUAUGAAAGAGGUCGGUUUCUGGACUGAUGAACCCGUGAUGUCUCUCCAGGCUUCCACCCCUUCCCUUUCAGUGUUUUGCAACGAACUUGGACUUGCUUAUGAUAAAAAAAACUGAGCACACAUUUGUCUGUCAACAGCCAUAAUCUUCCAAUCCAAUAAGCAAGUAGUGUCUCUACUUUUUCAAGUCGCCUUGUGUAACCCUGCCUUGUAUUCUUUAUUCUUCGUGUAGUUCUCAUAGAUCAUUUUCAGAUCAUUCAUAUGUCCUGUACCGUUACGGUGCUAUUGUGAACGAGAUUGUUUUUAAUGGUCGCAUCUGGUAUGCAGGACCACUCCCUAUAUCCAAACACUUUGGUGAACACUUCUUAGGACGUUUCCUGUUGAUUAUCUGCGUGCGUGUGUGUAAUUUAGGUCAGCACUCGCGUUUUCGCUAC